GUAGCGGCGGUGGGUUGGAGCCGCUGUCCCUGGUCUGGCACGUUCCCCUCUACAUUUUUUUUUGUUUUAAAUUGGGUGUCCCCUUUUUUAGAUUCGACAUUCUGCGACGCUGUUUAAAAGCCGUACACAGAAGUGCCCAUACCGGUGUUUAUUUACUAAGUAUUUAUCAAAUAUAACAUUUAUCCUUUAAAAUGGCGAUGGUAAGUGGGUUGUCUGGGCCGGUUGCCCGGCUUGAGGGCCGUGAAUUCGAAUACCUGAUGAAAAAGCGGUCGGUGACUAUCGGUAGGAACUCAUCUCAGGGAUCCGUGGAUGUGAGCAUGGGUCAUUCCAGUUUCAUUUCUCGAAGACAUCUUGAAAUAUUCACUGUUAGUGAUGAUAUCAGUAACGGUGGAGACUUCUACUUGCGCUGCCUCGGCAAAAAUGGGGUGUUCGUGGAUGGAGUUUUCCUUAGACGGGGUGCCCCUCCUCUGCAGUUACCACGAAUGUGCACUUUCAGGUUUCCCAGCACAAACAUCAAGAUCACAUUUACGGCCCUGUCCAGUGGGAAGAGGGAAAAGCGUGAGACGCCGGAGUCUCCGGUGAAACCAGUCCAGCCCCAGAUCUCCCCGCUAACCAUAAACAUCCCAGAUAAUAUUGCACACCUGAUGAGCCCCUUGCCAUCACCCACUGGCACCAUCAGUGCUGCCAACUCGUGCCCAUCCAGUCCCCGGGGGGCGGGCUUGUCUGGCUACAGGGUAGGCCGCAUCGUCAGCUCUGCAGAGCUACAGCUCAUAAACGACAACUCCCAGUCGGAGAACGACAAGGAGGCCUCGGGAGGAGACAGCCCCAAGGAUGAUUCCAAACCUCCAUACUCAUAUGCACAGUUAAUAGUCCAAGCCAUAACUAUGGCACAGGAUAAGCAGCUCACACUAAAUGGAAUAUACACUCACAUCACAAAAAACUACCCCUACUACAGAACAGCAGACAAAGGCUGGCAGAACUCGAUCCGUCACAAUCUGUCUCUGAACCGCUACUUUAUUAAAGUAGCCCGGUCACAAGAGGAACCGGGCAAGGGCUCGUUCUGGAGGAUAGACCCGUCCUCAGAGGGCAAGCUGAUGGAGCAGGCGUUCAGGAAACGAAGGCCGCGGGGUGUGCCCUGCUUUAGGACCCCUCUCGGACCCCUCUCCUCCAGGAGUGCCCCCGCCUCCCCUAAUCACUCCGGGGUACUCUCCGCCCACUCGAGCGGGGUGCAGACCCCUGACAGCCUGUCCCGAGAGGGCUCGCCUGUCCCCAUGGAACCGGAACCCGCCCCUGCUCCAGCCCCACUCCCUGCAACAGCAGUCCAGCCCAAACUAGCGGUCAUCCAGGAGGCCCGCUUUGCACAGAGUGCCCCAGGCUCUCCCCUCAGCGGGCAGCCCGUGCUCAUCACGGUUCAGCGCCAGCUGUCUCAGGCCAUCAAGCCGGUGACCUACUCCAUGGCCACGCCCGUGACCACCAUCACCAACCAAAGCCAGCAGGCCGUCAUGCAGACGGUGCACGUCGUCCACCAGAUCCCCACCGUGUCGGUCACCGGCAUGGCCGGGCUCAGCGCCGCCAACACCUACACAGUGGCCGCCCCCGCCAUGCUUACCGCCAAGACCGAGCCCCAGGAGAACGGAGACUACGCGGAGACCAGAGUAAAAGUAGAAGCCGUUCCAACGAUCACCCACGCCUCUUUAGGCGGCGGCAGUCGCAUCAUCCAGACGGCCCAGGCGGCCACGCCCGUGCAGACGGUGACCCUGGUGGAGCAGCCUGCCCUGGGCCUCCACCAACUCCCCGUGAAGGCCGUCACGCAGAACGGCACCCACCUCAUGCCCAUGCAGGCCAGUGCAGCCACCGCUGUUGCCAGCCCCCUCCACUUGCUGGCCACUCACGCCUCCGCUUCCGCCUCCCUCCCGACCAAACGGCAGAACGGGGACCAGGCGGCCGGCGCGCCCCCCGAUGCCAAGCGCCUCAAAGCCGAGGAAGGGGACAGCGCCGCCUCUAAAGAGGCAGACACAGACUCCUCAGCAGCCGAUGACCAGGGCAGCCGCCACAACUAGUCUUCUGGAACAACACAUCUCCCCCUCCCCUAAGCAUUUACCCCCCACCCUUCUUCCAUUGACUCUCAAGGUGCCAAAAGAAGAAGGGUUUUCACUUUGAUUUAACCAUUGUAGAGCAUCGGACAAUGUACACCCCUUUACAAAAAGACGGGUCGAGGAUGAGACGAGGACCGUAUGGACGAGGCUGGACUGUAACGGUGCCCUGUGAGACAUCGCCAUCGGGGGGGACGGGGGGACGGAACGGAUGACGACCAUACCAAGAUCACAGGAAGCCUUAACAACUAUUCGCCUUCAACCUGAACUUUGACCCCCUGCAGCGAGCAGUUUUACUGGGACCCAUGUAUGCCCGGCGGCAGUGUGCCACCUCCGUCUCAACUACCUCAGUACAGAUUGGGGACCACAGCCAAGGGCACCGUUCGACGGACCCACGGAAAGACUGGAGUGACCAACGGGCGGAAUGGGGGAGCGUUUUGUGCAAACGAUAUGUCAACGAGUGCAUUCAGCAAAAGGGAUCAAAACACUGAGCCAAUUCCUGGACCUUUGGCAGCUAGCCUUUCAUAUACUGACCGACCCUUAUUGCAGCCCUAAGUAGAUAUGCAGUAUUUUGUUGUUCUGAUGUGGAGCAUAGGAUCUGUUUUGGAUGUAUUUUCAUUUAUAUCGGUGAAAAAAGUAAUAACAAUCUAAAGAAAGGACACAGCAGUGGAGUCAAUGACAUUUCAAAUCACUCCAACUGAACUUAAAGAAAAAAAACUCUUGCUGUUGUUUUUGUAUGUGGACUUAUAUUUUCUGUUCAGUGAAACUGUGUAAUUUCCUUUUACAAUUCUAUCAAUUAAGUGUUUUUUUUCUGUCAAAUCCUCAUCUUUUCACUUCCAUAUAAAUUUGCUUUGUUACACUCACAUAUUUUCAUACUUGCACAGAUAACCAGUAAGAUAUGAACUUAUUAAUUCCAUGUGUUGUUUAUCAGAUCAUUGAGCUUGCAUGUAACAGAUUAGCAACAAUUAUCUGACUCAUUAACUGUAAAUUUAACAGAAGGAAAAAAAACUGCUUAAAACCAGACCAUAGCCCAUAUCCACCAAGUCUUUUUGGGAGUGGAAUUGCUGAUUAGGUACAUACCUUCUGUACUUAUCUCUCUCUCUGUGGAUAUGGGCCUAGAUCUGCACUUGAUUAAAUGUUCCUGUCGUCUCUACCUUUUUGGUUGCUUUCCUUUAUCCCCUCUUUAUCCUUGGCUGUGGUGACUGUGCAGUGUUGGCAGAGCCUUUGCUUGAUUCUUUUAAUUCUGUUUCGGCAACCUGACCAGUCUGUCUUUAGAUUGUAUAUGUUCCAACCGAAAGAAGAAAAGUUAUCAAUGUUCUGCUUCAGUGGAUAAAUGCUUUUUUUAAUAAAUUAAUUUAAAACCUUUAA